AUGUGUGAGUGCGUGGUCUUGCAUGGCCCAUCUUGGCUUGGGUCGUUGACAGCCAGGGCGUUGAGGUCGCAGUACUGCUACACAGUACCACGACAAGGUGCCGUACUAGAACCACCUGGGCCUAGUACUGGUAAGCUAAGUAAGGUAGGCAGGACCCUGGAUUCCCAUAGCAUAUUUACCGUAGCAAAACAAAACCAAAAUGAUGCUGGCAACGACGACAUUUCGACCUUGGUUGCGUUGCUCUCCGAAGCUCCAGCCAGUCCUGUACUGUCCCUAUACCUAAAACUCAGCUCUGGGAUGACCCCCACUUCCCGUCUGAGCUGGAACCCACCAAGCCCCCCCAUCUUCACCAUUUUUACCACGAGGCAGUGGAGGCUCACAGGGGUUUUAAGUAGUAAAAUGCCCAGUGGAACUGGGAUAGGGAUAGUCCCAACGUCCCCCAUGUCCGAAAGCGAGAGCAGUGAAGCGUGA